AUGAUCGAAGAAAGCCAGACCGUCGGAACAGCUAUAUUGACACGCAUGCAAGCUUCAUCGCUAUUUGGAGACUUCGACAUGUUUGGUUGGGCAGAGACGCCAGAAGAAGAGAAAGAUAGGGAGGUAGCAAGGCUCGAAGCGUCGAUGGAAGCGACCCGACGGAAACUACGUGAAACGCAUGAUCGACAGGGACAGACUUCUUCGUCAGGGCAGAAUAGUCUCACAUUACCAGCCCCACCAUCACGGGAUGAUGAAACAAACGUAGGAUUGAUUCGGCAGUGCCUACCAUGGACGCCGGAAUCGGCAGCCAAAGAUAAUUAUUCCCAACGGGAGGGCGAAACUGUUGACGACACGCGCGCCCGUUGUCAAAGACGUGUUGCUGAACUUGCUGAGGAAUUGGAGAUGCUUAAAGAGGUACUAGCUUGUUCAGAGAUCGAAAACGUUGAGCGAAUUGCGGCGCAACUACAUGAGGCAAAGAAGGAGGCCGACAGAACGGCGGGUGAAGCCGCAGCGGCGGUCGCAGUAGCACAGGGUGCAGCUGAGCGAGUAACGGCUCUCGCUAUCGAUCUUGAGCAUGCAAAAGCCGAAGCGGACUCAUUCGCCCUCAUCGCAGAGCUAGAGGCUGCCAAAGAGGAUGCAGACAAUGCUGCAGAAUAUUGGUCCUAUCCCACAGAUGCCGGAGAUUGCCGAGUCUAUUGUGAUGGUGAGACAUCGUCCCUUCAACCAAAAGGUGACUCCGCAGGAAUGCAACACAUUUGUUCCACCCUUCCGACGAUAUCCUCCGCCAAUGUCAGUAUAGUAGAAGAUAUCGAUCUUUCAAGUAGCAAGCCGGAGAGCAAGGAUGAACCCAAGAAGUUUGAUAGCUUGCCUCAGAUGUUGGUCUCUCCAACUAGCACAGUUAUGAAGGAAGGGUCAGUAGACAAUUGGGGUGCUGGAUGUUACCUGGUCUUCGAAGACCAGAACCAAGGUACAUUGACAGCUACCUGGUCACGAACGACACCAGCGUCGAACCAGAUUCUUGCUUAUAUCCGCCCUGGGAAGAAGGUCGCCGACUUCAAGUACAAAGGCGGAGGUCGCCAGGAACUCAAGCGUGGCAUUGGUGGGGCCGGACCCAAAUCAAAGUGUGCGGCAUGGAUUGAUUUUGUGAAGAUUGCGCAAGCUUUUGUUGGUGAAAUCUUCAUCAUUGACAAGAAUGGUGUUUUGCUCGUCCUUCAUCACAGGACAGAAUCGGUUAGUAAGAUUCAGCAGGGUAAUUCUGGCAUCUUCGAUGAUGUCAUAGCCUGUGCUGCGAUUCCCGACCUCUCGCGUUCAUUCGAUGUUGGCAAGAUGCCCUCGCAUAUGUUCAGCGGCAAAGGCCAAAUGGAAGGUGCCGUGAUCGUAUUCAAGUGA